AUGACAGACAUGCAGGAUACGCUGCUGCUCGGCUCAGAGGGAAUAAAGAAGACCAUCCUGCAUGGAGGCAGCGCAGAUAUCCCGAGACUCAUCACUGGGGCAAAGGUGACGUUCCACUUCCGCACCCAGUUGUGUGAUGACGAACGCACAGUGAUUGAUGACAGCAAAGUGACCGGGACGCCCAUGGAGAUUGUGAUCGGGAACAUGUUUAAACUGGACAUCUGGGAGACUCUGCUGGCCUCCAUGAGGAUCGGGGAGGUGGCUGAAUUCUGGUGUGACACCAUUCACACUGGUGUUUACCCACUUGUUUCUAAAAGUCUGAGGCGCAUCGCAGAGGGAAAAGACCCGGUCGACUGGCACAUCCACACAUGCGGCAUGGCCAACAUGUUUGCCUACAACAGUCUCGGCUACGACGACUUGGAUGAGCUGAUGAAAGAGCCCAAGCCUCUUUAUUUUGUCCUGGAGCUUCUCAGGGUGCAGCAGCCCAGUGAGUACAACAGGGAGUCGUGGGCUUUGAGUGAUGAGGAGAGGCUGAAGGUGGUGCCUGUGCUGCACGGUCAGGGGAACAAAUUCUACAAACAAGGACAGUACCAAGAGGCCACCCAAAAAUAUAAAGAGGCCAUCAUCUGCAUAAAGAAUGUGCAGACCAAGGAGAAAGCAUGGGAAGUCCCGUGGCUGAAGCUUGAAAAGAUGGCCAACACCUUAACUCUCAACUACUGUCAGUGUCUGCUUCGUAUGGAGGAGUACUACGAGGUCAUUGAACAUACCAGUGACAUCAUCAACCAGCACCCAGGUGUAGUGAAGGCCUUCUACCUGCGAGGUAAGGCCCACAUGGAGGUGUGGAAUGAAGCAGAGGCCCGGCAGGACUUCAGCAGGGUGCUAGACCUUAACCCAGGCAUGAGUAAGGCCGUGAAGAAGGAUCUGGCUGUGCUGAACAUGCGCAUGGAGGAGAAGAACCAGGAGGACAGGGACAAGUACAAGGGCAUGUUUUGACAAAGAGAGACUGCUGCAGAAGUUGGAAUAGAAGGUCAAAGAGUGGAAAUCAUAAUGUAGCGCAAUACUAAUAUAUAUUCUAGUGCUUUGCAAGAUUACGAUCAGGGUUGAACAAAGGGAUGAAACUGUUUGGUUUAAAGGUGUAGUACACAUUUUCUCUUACUUCUAGAGGGUAAGAUAAGAAAGCUUAUACCACCUUAUUUAUGUAUACAGAGUGAGUUUAUUCCUCUGAGAACUCUUCCUGCAUUGUAAUGUUACUGAGGACUAUAAAGUCAGAAUGACCAAUGGAGAACCAAAUCUCUGCUGUUGCCUCCCAUGAAGUUACACUUAGGCUAAAUGGUUUUCUAUAUGUAAGAAAUAAAUUAAUGUGACAGUAAAAUAA